CGACAAACCAACCAACCAGUACGCUGUCAUUCGCCUUCGCUGUAACAUUGCGUUUGCCGCUGUUUGUGCCGUUCUCUUGCCCGAUGUGAGUCAUCGUUACACAUUUGCGUUUUAAAAGUUGUCGGUUGAUCGGUGCCAAAUGGAAAGUGUAAAAUCUUUGACAAUACUCGUGCAAUAUGGCCAACUGAUGAAAACCUUGAAAGUGGAUGGAAGAUCAAUGAUUAUAGAUUAUGAGCAGCUGCAGUGGUUCCUUGCCCGAAGUUGCUCCUUCACUGAGCCGGUGAAAUAUGCUGUAUACUGGAAAGACAAAAACCACAUCCCAAUUGAGAUUACUACGGAGCGUGGAUAUCAAACCUUUCUGCGUGAACAUGAAAAUGCCGACGCGAUGCUUUGCGUGAAGGUGGAACCCAUACAGCCGAACCAAGUAACAAGUGAAGGUUCAACUGGAAUGUGGGGAAAACUUUGUGGUUUCUUCAAGUCAAAUAAAAAUGAUCAGUCACCAAAAGCGAUACGAAACGAUGAUGGCAGCGAUAUGGCGGAAAGAGGAUUGGAAGCUCGCAAACCGGAAAGACCGGCCAUAACAUUCUAGGCAGCUUCAGGGGAAGAAGAACGAUUGACGAACGAAAACAUAAAAGCGAGUGAAAAUAAAUUCUGAACAAAAAAAACGAAGUUUACUAAGAUAAGGUCAACAAUAUGGCGACAGGUAUUUUGUCCUUUUGUUCUUGUGGCCGUAAAUCGAAAAUUGAGAUAAAGUCGAUCACGAUCCAGAUCGCAGAGCUUAAGUAGUGACGAUAAAGAUUCUGCUGGGUGUCCGGAAUAACUAUAAAUAAAUAAACUAACCACCUUA